CAAAACGGUGCUUUUUAGAGUAAAAUGAAAUAAUUUUAGGUUUUUAUGAAUAAUAUUUAUGUUAGAUUUUUGCACUAUUACUUUCAAGAAUAAAUACAUAGCACACACAUUCGGAGUUAUUCGAAAUUGAAAUAUAUCCGAGAUAGUUAUUAGCAGAUUAUUAGUGAAGAGCAGUACUAAUUUCAGAAGAGUACUAGGAGAAUAAAUGGAAAAGAAGUUAUGGAGAUUUUCUGAAUUACGAACUUUUUUUUUUAGUUAAAAUUAUUAUAAGUAAAUGAUGUUUUUGUAUUACCGUUUGAGUUAGUUUCGGUAUUUCCCAUAGAGGUGUAAACAUAUUGAUGUCAAAGUUGCAAUUUGAAUACAAACAAUUGUUUUUUAAUGGAUAGUUCUAGGUCCUAGUGACGUACUAUUGAUAAUGACUACUGAUACAGAACCUGGGAAAAUUAUAAUCAAAAGGGAGGUUGAUUCUGUUUCUGACGAAGUUUAAAGAAAUUUGCUGAGGUGUGAACCACAGGAAUCUGAAAUGUUCACUGAUACAGAACCUGAAAGAAUUUCAAUUAAAGGGGAGGUCGAUUCUGUUCAUGAUGAACUUCAGAUAAAUCUAGUGAAGUGUGAACCAGUUGAUUUGGAUUACAAAGGAAACAUCUACAGUUCUGGGGAAACUUUUGAUACAGUUGAAAUGAAACUCUCAACUGAAUGUAGUCCAGAACAAAUUAAAUGUGGGGAUGACACUGAGAAUGUACAUUUCGAUCUCAAAUAUGAAAGUUGCAAAGAAGAAAUAAGCAAUGACUUGCAUUGUGAAGGUUUCUCUAGCGAAAGAGAUUUUUUAAGCUGUAAAGACCAUAUGAAUUGUAGUUGGGAAUGUGAACAACGAAUCGAAUCCAGUGAAAUGAAAGAUGAAUACAUUCAUCAGAAUUUCGAAUCUCCUGUUAACUUUACUACAGAUUCCGAAAACAUCCUUGUUGGCAUCGGGGAAAAAACAAUCUCUAAGAAGGAGGAAAGGAUUAACAAUGAAAAUAUAACGUCAGCGCUGCACUUUUCUGACGAAAAUGAUCAACAGAUACGAUUUCAGUGUAAAAUCUGCGCAAAAUCUUUCACACGGAGAAGUAGUUUGAAAGUUCAUAAAAAGAAUCAUUCUGGGGAAAAACCUUUUCAAUGUAAAUUUUGCUCAAAAACCUUCAAUCAAAAAUAUUCUUGGAAAUACCACGAAAAAACUCAUACUGGAGAAAAACCAUUUCAAUGUAAAAUGUGCUCAAAAACAUUCAUUCAUAAUUCUUCUUUGAAAUGCCACGAAAAAUCUCAUACCAACCCAAAACCGAUUCAAUGUGAGUUGUGCUCGAAAUCAUUCAUUAAUAUUUAUUCUUUGAAAUUACACGAAAAAACGCAUACCAGAGAAAAACAAUUUCAAUGUGAAGUAUGUCGAAAGUUAUUUGGGCAGAAGAGUAAUUUGAAAAGGCAUGAGAAAAUUCAUACUGGUGAGAAACUAUUUCGGUGUAAAAAGUGUACGAGAUCAUUCAUUCAUAGUUCUUCUUUAAAAUACCAUGAAAAAAAAACUCAUACUGAAGAAAAACCAUUUAAGUGUAAAGUAUGUUCGAAAUCAUUUAUUUAUAAUUAUUCUUUGAAAUUACAUGAAAAAACACAUACCGGAGAUAAACUGUUUCAGUGCAAGAUAUGUUCAAAGUUGUUUAUGCGAGGAAGUAAUUUGAAAAGGCAUGAGAAAAGACAUACCGGUGAUGAACCAUUUCAUGGAAAACCUUAAAAAUCAUACAAUUGUAUGUGGUAUUUCAAAUAACCCUGAAAGAAAACUUAGGUACUGGGGAGAACCUCUACUACUACGAAUUUUGCUUUUUUAAUUUUUUCAGUGUCUUGAAAAAAAAUGUAUUCUGGUAAAAAACCUU